AUGCAUCAAUUGUUAAAUUAUAUUCGAUCGACAUCGCUUAAGAAUCGAAUAUUUUUUGGUCUAUCUAUUUUUUGUCCAAUUGCAUUUAUUUCGAAAUAUAUUUUUUCUGAUAAUCCGGCAUUAAUAUUUUGUACAGCAAUUUUAGCAAUUAUUCCAUUAGCUGCAUUUUCAACUGAAGCAACCGAAAGUGUCGCACAAUAUUGUGGAAAUUUUUUUGGAGGAUUCCUAAAUUCUGGUUUAGGAAAUAUUGCUGAACUUGUAUUUACAAUUGUUGCUUUAAGAAGAGGUUUAAUCAAUGUUGUUAAAGCAUCAAUUCUAGGGGCUGUAACAUCCAAUGUUUGCGUAGGAGUUGGUUUAGCUCUGUUUUUUGGUGGAUUACGUUUUAAAGAACAAACAUUUGGUGAAAAAUUAGCUGGAAUUAAUGCUGCUUCAUUAACUUGUCUUACAAUUGUUAUUCUAUGUCCAUCAGCAUUAAAGAUUUCGUUAGGAUCGCAUGUUAUGAGUACAACUAUAAUGCGUCGUUUUUCUUAUGUUAGUGCAAUAAUUCUUUUUGUACUUGGUAUUGUUAAUAUUAUAUUUGCUUGGAAAACACAUUCCUAUUUAUAUACUGCUGAUAUUAAACGUAAAACUAUAACAAAACGCCGUAAUCAAGCUGCAUUAUCUAUGAUGGCUCUUGAUCAAACACCAUCUCCUUUAAAUACACCACCCGCACCUACUAAUAAUAAACUUACGAAAAUAUAUUUACUCAUAAAAGAUAUAAGUACACUGAUAUUGACCACUAUAUUAAUUGUAUGUUUAUGUCAAUUUAUUGUUGAUAGUCUCGAAGGGGCAAUUGAAAAAUUACAUAUUAGUUCAAGUUUUACAGCAGCUAUUAUUCUUCCAUUAGUUAGUUCAAUUAUUGAAUUUGUAACAUGUAUUUCAUGUGCAUUGAAGAAUAAAAUUGAACUCACUAUAGCAGUAACACAAAAUUCAACAUCACAAAUUUUAUGUUUUAUUGCUCCAAUAACAUUAGCUGCAAGUAAUUUGAUUUUUUACACGAAAUCCAAUGGUGAAGCAAAUAUUUUACUUGAUUUCGAUUUUAAAUCUUUUGAUCUUAUCAGUACAAUCUUUUCCGUAGCCAUUUGUAAUAGUGUACUUAAUGGUAAUUCUAAUUGGAUGCAAGGUAUACAAUUAUUAUUAGCUUAUGGAACUAUUGCAACUGGUUUCUUUUAUAUGCCUUUUUAA